GAAACCCAUCUGGCUGUUUCUCUGUCUCUCCGUGUGUUUCUCUCUGAGAGGCGCGAAAUGGGCUCGUGGAUUGAUUGGAGUGAGGAGUCAUACCCAUCGAACAGAGACUUUGCAGCAGUUCCCUUCUUUGCUCUCUUCUUCCCAGCUGCCCGGCUCUUUCUUGAUACUUUCAUCUUUGAGAAACUCGCGAGACGGCUGAUUUUUAAAGAGAGACAUGCCAAGCUGGAUUUUCAGGCACGUCAUAGGAGGAAAAAGAUUAACAAAUUCAAAGAGUCGGCAUGGAAAUGUGUGUACUUUCUUUCUGCAGAGAUUUUUGCUCUUUCAGUCUCCUAUGAUGAGCCUUGGUUCACUAGUACCAAGUACUUCUGGGCUGGCCCUGGGAAUCAAGUUUGGCCAGAUCAGAAGAUCAAGUUGAAGUUGAAGGGAUUGUACAUGUAUGCCUCUGGAUUCUAUAUAUACUCCCUUUUUGCCUUGGUUUUCUGGGAAACAAGGAGAUCAGACUUUGUGGUCUCAAUGGGACAUCAUGUGGCUUCUAUCCUCCUCCUUGUCUUAUCAUAUAUGUUCAGGUUUGCUCGUGUUGGUUCAAUUAUCUUGGCACUCCAUGACGCGAGUGAUGUCUUCAUGGAAGUAGGAAAAAUGUCAAAGUACAGUGGCUAUGAAAGGAUUGCUGGCUGUUCUUUUUUCCUUUUCGUAGUUGCAUUUACAGUCCUUCGCAUCAUCUACUUUCCUUUUUGGAUCCUUAGGAGUACUAGUUAUGAAAUUCUUCCGACUUUGGACAAGGACCCGCAAGUUGGCGGACCUUUUUAUUACUAUGUGUUCAAUACUCUUCUGUUCUGCUUGCUUGUUCUGCAUUUAUAUUGGUGGUGGUUGCUGUGUGGGAUGCUGGUGAACCAGGUUCGUGCUGGAGGCCAGAUAAGUGAAGAUAUUCGAUCUGAUUCAGAAGGGGAUGAUGACCACAGAGAUUGAUGAAGAACCAGAGUUACAUGUAUUAGGUGCUUGGAACUCGUGAUUUUUGGCAUUCUUCUAUGCUUAAAUAGAACAGCUCCCUUUAGCUGGGGUGCAUUGUUUGUGUUGAAAUACCUCAACCAAGUCAUGUCAAGAUCUCACUAUCUAUCGGUCUCAUUCCUUUCACUA